AUGGCCUCGGCCUACAGCGCAUUCCAUGGCCCUGCCGCCGCGUCGCAAUUCACAACUACCGCCUUGGGUCGAUGGUCUGUCCUGACCCAUCCGCUGCCAGCAAUCGACAAGAUCAAGUCUCUCCACGUCUACGAUUUCGACAACACCCUCUUCAAAACUCCCCUACCGAACUCGCAACUCUGGAAUGGAUACACGAUUGGAACAUUGUCGAAUCAAGAAAAGUUUGUCAACGGCGGUUGGUGGCACGACAGCCGAAUCCUCGCUGCCACCGGAGAGGGCAUCGAAACGGAAGAGAAGCGCGCGUGGGAUGGAUGGUGGAACGAAACCAUUGUCGACCUCGUCAGGCUAAGCAUCAAGCAGAAGGAUGCCCUCUGUGUCCUGCUGACAGGCCGCUCCGAGCGGGGAUUCGCUGAGCUGAUCAGGAAGAUGGUGACAGCCAAGGGGCUCGAGUUUGACAUGAUGGGCCUCAAGCCCCAGGUCAGCCCGACAAACCAGCGGUUCCAGAGCACCAUGCACUUCAAGCAACUCUUCCUCGAGGCACUGAUGGAGACGUACAAGCAUGCGGGGGACAUUCGGGUGUAUGAGGACCGUCCCAAGCACACCAAGGGCUUCCGCGACUUCUUUGCCGAAUACAACCGCCGACAAAAUAUGUUGCCAACACGAGGGCCUCUAACGGCUGAAGUCAUCCAGGUGGCCGAUACUGCAGCGACGCUGGACCCUGUGGUAGAGGUGGCCGAGGUGCAGCACAUGAUCAACAUCCACAAUGAAACCAUCUCGAAGCAGGGGGCUUCGUCGGGUCAAAACCGGCUCAGGAUUAAGAAGACUGUGUUUUUUACCGGAUACAUGAUCGGACCCGAAGACACCAAGAGGCUGAUCAAGCUCGCUCAAAUACCCCAGAACACACCCCAGCAUGAACUCAAAUAUCAUGGCAACAACAUUCUCAUCUGUCCCCGACCCUGCCCUGCUAGUAUUCUAGACAAGGUAGGCGGCAUGGGUAGCAAGAUGAGAUGGGAGGUGGUAGGUACAGGCUGCUUCGAGAAUAGUAUCUGGGCGGUACAGCUACGACCUAUCCCCCAGCACGCCAAGUUUCACACUGAUAACCCCAGUCCGCUUGUUGUACUGGCCUUGAGGAAGGGAGCCAAGCCGAUCGACGCGGGCAAGAUCCAGAACUGGCAGCCUCUGCCAGCGGACAAGACGUUUGACUUUGAGACGGUGGUCGGCGAGAAGGUGAUACUCCGUAUCGAGCAGGACGACCCGCGGGAAGACGAGUACGAGAGCUUGUUUGCCAACAAGGCGUCAAAGCGGAAGCACACAGGCGAAGAUGACUGGAACCAGAGAAACACCCACGGUCACUAUAGUGGACGCAACGAGUCCAGGGGCUAUCACACUGGCGGUCGAGGAGGCCGAGGGCGUGGCAACUCGGGCCGCGGCUAUCGAGGCAACGCAAGAGGAGGACGUGGAGGACGUGGUCGAGGCGGCGGUUACAAUUAUCGAUCGCUGGACGACGUGGAACCCAAGAACCAGCAGGGCGGCUAUGGUCCACAGGUGGAUUAUGACGAUACCUACCAGGCGCCCAGCCAGAACGGACCACCGGCUUCAGCUCCUACAGGACCCAGCGGAGGAUGGAACCAGCAACCGCCUCGAGGCCCUGCGGCGCAGCAGGGACGCCCUAUGGGAGGAUAUGGCGCGAACAACGGUUCAGAUCUGCAGAAUUACUAUUAG